AUUAAUAGCAAUAUAAAGUGCGUGCUAAUUUCCUCCGGUUUUUCCACCGUGCUUAACCGCCACCGCACGCGUACGCACACACAUCCCCAUAGCCGGGUGUGUGUAUCGCUCGUUGAAAGGUUGUGUGUGCCUGAAGCCGGCUUCGCGAGUUUUUUUUUGUGUGCAAAGCGAAAGAAAAACGUGGUGUACUGAGUUGAAAACGUGUGAAAACUUACAGUGAAGUGAAGAAUUGAUUUGAUCUGUUUUUCCUUUUGUACCAUCUGCCCCAUCAAGAAGAAGCAUAAAAAUUAUUGCAAAACACAUCCACACACACACGCGCGGGUGUUUCUAGUUCUCGGGUCACGGGUGGGUACGGGCGUGCGUGGAACGUAGGACAACCGAGUGUCCCCCCCCCGCCAUUCCGUCUAUCGUUAGCUCUCUGUUUCCUUUAAUACUGGAAAACCCGUUUUUCCCAGAAGUGGUUUUUCUUUUUCGUUGAAUCGCGAAACCAGCGGAAGUUUGAAAACGGCCGUUCCCCAUGUGCGUGUGUUAGUUGCUCACCCCGGCCAUAGGACUUGUAUUACGCAGUUCGAAGUUUGCUCUCCACCACCAUCAAAGUGGUGAAGGUGUGUUAGAUAGUGGUGUGUAGUGCCGGCUCCAUCCGGUUCUUCAAUGUUGCAGCUUGUUCUUGCAGUUUCAUUUCUCUGCCCGUGGUGAGCUGUUUUUGCUUUCCUACCGCGUAUGUUGGAAAGAGCAGUGUGGAGUGUGCUUUUCUAUCCCGUUCGCACGCAGCGCAUAUCACAACACGAUCAACAGUAGCCAGCAGCAGCCACAAACUUCAUCCCGAGCGGCGGUGAGAAGUGAGAAGAAGUAACACACCGUCACGCAUCUCAUUUUUUCGCUUCGUAUCAACCAAGAAGGCAGUUAUACUAAAACGCACACACACACACCAAACCCCUCUCAAUCAGCGAGCAGACAUUUUGUUGUGGAAAAAACGGCAACAGUACGUACCGCGUGUAAUAUCACCGAGGGAAAAGGCAUUUGAAGUAAACAGCUUAAAAGGUGACCCAACCCGUGUACAAGGAUGGAUCUCGCUAGUGAGAGUGUAUUGUUUUCGGACAACGACAAGCGUAACGGUGUGGCCGAUCAUCACGGUCGUAACGGUAACGCAUCGGGUGCUGAAGGUAGCGGUCCCGGUUCCCCGAACAGCGGCGAAGGAUCAAGCAAGACGGCGGACGGUACCGAGCUCAUGAAGAAACCGAUCGGUUUGCUCGACGAUAAGCUGAAGAAGCGCGUGCGUAAGCUGUCCCGGUCGAACAGCAAGGACGGUGUGCUGGGAGUGGCCGGUACGCCCAACUUUGUGUCGCCGCACCGGAAGUGGAAGAACAGUCGCCGAUCGCGGAACGGGUACGGACGGGGCCUGCCGAAGAAGGGCGGUGCCGGGCGGAAGGGUGUGUGGGGCAAGCCGGGCUCGGAGGUGUACGACGAGCUGGACGAGGAUCCGAACGAUCCGAACUUUGACAUCGACGCGUACAACAGCACGCACAACGUGGAGCUGAAGGAGAUCGUACCGCAGAUGACGGAGGCGGAGGUUGUGAAGAAGCUGGAACCGAUCAUACUGGAGUAUUUCGAGCACGGUGACACACACGAGGUGGCGGACGCACUGGACGAUCUGCUGCAGCCGGGUAUGAAGCCGCUGGUGACCAAAACCAUCGUUGCGGUCGCGUUCGAACACAAGCAGUCGCAGCGCGAGCUAACGUCGGUGCUCAUUUCCGAUCUGUACGGGCGCAUCGUAACGCGCGAGGACAUCUGUGCCGGGUUCGAUCUGCUGCUGGCAAACCUGUCCGAUAUUAUGCUGGACACGCCGGACGCACCACAUUUGCUCGGCAACUUUAUUGCCCGUGCGGUCGCGGACGAUUGCAUUCCGCCGAAAUACGCUUACCAGUCGGAUCGGGAAGAUCUGGACCAGCACGGCCAGUCGGCACUGGUGCGUGCGACCACACUGCUGUCGAUGCACGACGGUUGGGGCCAGCUGGACAACGUUUGGGGUGUCGGCGGUGCCCUACGUCCGGUGCAGACCAUCACCCAGCAGAUGUCGUAUCUGCUGCAGGAGUACCUGCUUUCACGCGAUCUCAGCGAAGCCCAACGUUCCAUCAAGGAGCUGGAGGUGCCGCAUUUCCAUCAUGAACUGAUUUACGAGGCAAUCAUAAUGACACUGGAAGCGUUCAACGAGUCCACCGAGGUGGCCAUUUGCGAGCUGUUCCUCACACUCGACAGUACCUGUAUCGUUACGCCGGAGCAGAUGGAGCAAGGGUUCCGGCGCGUUUACGAGGAUAUGACUGAUAUCGUCCUCGAUAUUCCGCUCGCCUAUUCGAUCCUGGAUCGGUUCAUCCAGCGCUGCCAGCGCGCUGGUUCGUUCCUCAGCGAAGCACUCAUCAAAGAUAUUCCCACCCGGGGACGCAAACGUUUUGUGUCCGAGGGCGACGGUGGCUUGAUCAAACAGAUCAAUUUUCGCCGCGAUUUGUAAAAUGUUUCCCUCCAAACUAGUUCUAUCAGCCAGCAAAACUCAAGCCAUGCUCCGCACCCGCGCCGCCGCUGGCUGCCCUCCACAUCGCACGGUUCAAUUGGACGGAUGAAAGCAACGAAAUGAAAAGGUCACACAGCGCCAACCUGUUGUUGGAAGAAGGAGAUGUGGUGGAUAGGGAGGGAGGAGGGCUAAAGCGUGUAGGGGGUGUGUUUUUAGAGGAUGAGAACUACACUGCUAAAGAAAGGGUUUUUUGGCAAGCCGCGCGAAAGGUUGAGGAGAGAAGACCCGCAACAAGAAAAAAAGGAACAGGAGAAUUAAUUCGUGCACUAAUCAUACUAAAAUUUUGCGAGUCAAUGUCCCUCAGAGGGAGAGAGAGAGAGAGAGAAAGAGAGUGCAACUAUUUCCUAUUUUUACAUGUUUUUUUUCUUAAUUUUUAUUCGUUUAUUUUUUUUUCGAGUAUAAAACGCACCUUCUAACGGAAAAAACAGCAUCAUCUGGGGCCACAGUUUAGCCUUUAAUAUGAUGCAUUUAAUUGCAAACUUUGGACUGGUAUAUAUUGUAUCGUAUCGCUUAGCUUUUUUUGUGGGUGGAAAAUCAUACGCGCGCUCAGUAGCAAGGAUUCGGUUGCAAACUUGAAGACCCGCCAUUACUUUAUUUAAUCAAAUGAUAGCAAACGAACAACGGAGAAAAGGGAUUUAAACGUACGGAUAGUGGCAUGCGGAAGCGCGAGAUAGCUUUUCUUUUUAAAAACACAAUCCAGUGCGGGAAAAUCAUUAAGCAGCAAACACCGUUGCAGAUUUUCCUUUUUUUUGCUCCAGCUUUCCAACAUUGUCUCUUAACUCAUCUGUCCGCACGUUUAGUCCCGUUUUUUUCCGCACCCCCGUCUCGUUUGCAAAAGACCUUCUUCAGGGAGAGCGCCUUAAUAAGCAAACGGUAGGAUUGCAUUUGGAAAGCGAAAAAGGAUAUAAAGCCAAAAGAGUGCGCGUCGCAUACUAUUGUAAAAUUCAUGAUAAAACGCAAACUAACUUAAUCGUAUGCAGCAAAUGAACUGAAGAACAACACACGCAUGGAUAAAUCCAUCGUUGACGUUGCUUACCAUUCUAUACUUGCACACACAUCAGCACGCAAUGCGUGGCGAAAAGUGUAGGGGGGGAAUAGGCGCGAAGGUGUGACAGACACAGGGAGGAGAAAUUGUUUUGUAAUUAUAUUUGCAUUUCAUCGUUACGAAUAAGUUUGCUUUUUAGAACGUAUAACGAUACAAAAAAGAGAGAGAGAAAGAGAUUCCUUUUGUCGAGAGCAUA